GCAGGGAGGGCCACAGGAGAAACAAAACGCAGCAGGAGCGAGGAGAGCAAACAAAGAGCAGGAACCGGAGAGCGGCGAACUCCGGACCCCGGCAACGCCGGCACGGCCGGCCCAAAGGUCGCCCGGCGGACCUUGGCCGCCGGCCCCGCCGUGCUGCUGGCCAUGGCGGUGCUGCCGGCUCUGGUGGCCGCCGCGGCCGUGCUGCUGGUGCUGGUGCCGCUGGCCGCGGCACGGCUGGUGCCGUUCCUGUGGGACGACCUGGCGUUCUUCGCCACCAUGGCGCGGUCAUCGCUGCGCUGCCGCCGGCGCCUGGCCGGCCGGCCGGCCGUCACCCUGCUGGACGUGUUCCGGCGGCACGUCCGGCUCCGGCCGCGCCGGCCGCUGCUGCUCUUCCAGGAUGAGACCUACACCUUCGAGGACAUCGAGCGGCGCAGCAACCGCGCGGCCUGGGCGCUGCUGCGGCGCCUGGGGCUGCGGAGCGGCCGGACGGUGGCCGUGUUCCUGCCCAACGAGCCGGCCUACCUGUGGACGUGGCUAGCGUUGGCCAAGUUGGGUUGCCCCAUGGCUUGCCUCAACUGCAACGUGAGGGGCCGGGCGCUGCGGCACGCGCUGGAGGCGGCCGAGGCCACCGUGGUGCUGGCCAGUCCUGAGCUCCGCGAGGCCGUGGAGGAGGUUCUGCCCGACCUGCAGCGCGACGGCGUCGCCGUCUUCUACCUGAGCGCGGCGUCGCCCACGCCGGGCGUGGAGGCGCUGCUGCCCGCCAUCGAGGCAGCGCCCGACGAGCCGCCGCCCGCCGGGCACCGCGCCGGCGUCACCGGCGACUCCAAGGCCAUGUACAUCUACACCUCCGGCACCACCGGGCUGCCCAAGGCCGCGGUGAUCACGGAGCUGAGGCUGAUGAUGGUGGCCAGCCUGGGCCGGGUCUGCGGCCUGCGGCCCGACGACGUCGUCUACACCGCGCUGCCGCUCUACCACUCGGCCGGGCUGCUGGUGGGGCUCGGCGGGUGCCUGGACGUCGGAGCCACCUGUGUCCUUCGUGCCAAGUUCUCGGCCUCUCAGUUCUGGCCCGACUGCCGGCGCUACAACGUCUCCGUCAUCCAGUACGUGGGCGAGCUCAUGCGCUACCUGUGCAACGCGCCCAAGCGCGCCGAUGACCGCGAGCACGGCGUGCGCAUGGCCCUGGGCAACGGCAUGAGGGCGGAGGUGUGGAAGGAGUUCCUGCGGCGCUUCGGGCCCGUGGCCAUCUGGGAGUUCUACGGGGCCACCGAGGGCAACGCCGGCUUCAUCAACUACACCGGCAAGGUCGGGGCCGUGGGCAGGGCCAACAGGUUCAUCAAG